UGGGAGGAAAAACAAAAUGUCCUUGGAGCCGGGAGGGGGAGGGGGCGCCUGCCAUUCCCUGGGCCCCCCCCCCCGCCGCUCAUGAGGGGAGCCUUGGGGACCCCCCCUUGAUCUCCGUGACCCUGUUCGGGUGCGGGGGGAGCCGCGCAGUUUGGGGAGGGAGCGGUGGGAGAAAAGGGGUGCCGCAGAGGGAGCCCGGCUCGGCGGCCGCCCCGCUGACACUCGGCUCCCGGGCUGCAGAGCGCUCCCCCUCCCCCUUGUUCAUGCAGCACCGAGGGGGCUCCGCUCACCCCGUCCCCCCCGUUGCAGCGCGGACACGGGGGCAACUACAGGCGGGCUCCCCAGUGCAGCAGUGGGGAGAAGGGGGGGGGGGGCUGCAGACCUGUUCCCCUCCAGUGCAGCGUGGAAGGGGGGCAUCUGCAAACCAGCUCGUAACUCCAUUGCAGCAGUAAAGGGGAGGGGGGGGAGAGGUGAAGACUGUACUACAUCAUCAGUUAAAUGUUUAGCCCCAAGCCCGUAUCUGUUUAAAGUGCAUUUGUUGCCCAUUGCUGCUCAGAUGGGAAUAUGUUUUCGUAGUUUGUAAGAACAAAGACGCCAUGUCCUUUUCUCUUAAAAAUAAAACUUGGUGGUUUUUUUGUGGGGUGUUGGCUUUUAACUCUUUGUAAGCCAGUAAGAAAAAAAAAAAAACCCCAGGCUGCGGAUGAGACAGCUUAGUACUUUACUGAAACAAUAGAUAGAAAUUUACUUCACUUGAAAAACAGCAGCUUAGGUGCAGAACUUUAAAGAAAACUCUGAAGAAUUACGUGCAGGAUGAUUUUGCAAUUAAGACGGCGAAGCAAAAACUUAAAAGCUUUUAAAAAACAAAGCUCAGUGGUGCCAAGUCUACAGUUUAAAGUUGGCAAAAUACUACAGUUGUGAUUUAGACGACGCUACGAGAAGAAAAGGUAGAAUUCCAUGAACAAGACCUUAUUUCCUGACUGGCUUCCAGAAGAAUCAUUUGCACCUUCUUUUCUUAGGCUAUUGCGGGAUAUUGUUCUUGCUUCCAAAGAUGCAGAUGGCUGGGUAAAAGUCCUUGAGCAAAAUUCUGUUCUAUGCAUUCCAGAUGUGUUGAGGAAUUGAUUUACUCUAAGCAAAAUAACUGCUCUUGCUUGAAGCACUGAAUCCAAUCAGCUGAAGAGUGUCAAAAGGAGUCUACGAAUGAGACACCAAGAUGGCAGUUCCACUGUUGAUUGAGAGGUUGAGAAAAUGGACUAAUGCAUGAGUGCUGUGAUGUGUCUGUCCAAGAAAAGGAUGUUAAAGCGUGGACUCUCGUGUUCUUAAACCAGAGAAGAUCUGGGUUGUGAUCAUCCUGGCAAAUGGACUUUGCACUUGAAUUAAUGAGGGGACUCUCUCAGUGCCUAUCCAAUGAUGGAUCUCUUUGAGGACUGGGUGGCAAAAUGUUGCUCUGGUUGUGUAUGCGUUACAGGCAAAUUCAGUGGGUAAGAGAUCUGGUGCUACCCCUUUGGAGAAAAUGUAAUAUUUAUAUAUAUAUAUAUAUAUAUAUUUUUAAGUGACUUAAUAAAAGGUUUUGGUUUCUUUCAUGCUUUGUGUUUGUUCCUUUCUGGCUAAUUUUUUUUUUCUUACUGUGUUGAUAUUGAAGUGGGGGAUGGUUUUGGUUGCUAUUAAAGUGUGGAAUGUUUUAGCUGCUAAGCACUGAAGGCAAGGUAAAAUUUGGUGUUACAUUUGAUUUAAAAUGCGGUUUUCAUUUGCAAAUUAUGUUCACUUUGCCAUGACUUCCAAUGAAUUUUUAUUCGCUGGUUUGUUCAUUCAAGUGCUUGAUGUUAGGGGGGUUUUCAGCACUUGGCCUAUUGUCAGGAUACUUCUGCUGAACUUUCUGAAGUUAUUUUCAGAUGGAAUUGAUGGCAGUUGAAGGCCAGGCAAAUAUGACAAUAAAGGAGUACCUGAAUGUUUUGGGUAACUUUUUAGGUGUGCUGCUUGAGUUGUGUAUGGGUAUAGAAACUUUGCAACAGAUUUUCCGGACAAUAUAGUUCCUAAGCAGCCUAUUUGGUCUUCAAAUUGUUCUGUGAGUGUGUCCCAUCUGCCUCGCUGCUAUUGAACGUGGACUUGGCUCUGUGAUACUGUACAAUGUAUUUGAUGAGGAAAAAUUGAGUUAUUUUUGAUAUUGCUACAGAUGACAUGUCAACCUUUACAAAUGAGUUUUUAAAUGGUUCUAAUGUUCACAAACCCAUUUCCUUUCCAGUUAAUUGUGGGUCAGAUACUUAAGCUUUAGCAACCUUCCUAUGUCUGUUUCACCUGAGGUUCAUAGUUGUCUUUGUUUUCUGCUGGAGGGCCAAGAUGGCAGAGCUGGUGCUGAGAUAUCCUGGGUGUUUGCUUUUAAAAACAAACAGAAACCCAUUGUGUGUGUUUAACCAUUUGGCUUGCUCAGGCUUCUUUGUGAAUAUCCAGCUUUGCCAUGAUGAAUUGAUCAUACCUGUUUAAUCCAACCGUUUUGAUGAUGCACGCUUGCUCAAGUUUGGUUUUGCCAUGUGUUAUAUGGUGGAGAUAGAUACUGGGACCAACCUAAAGGGAUCCCCAUUCAGAUGAGCAGAUUUCUUUAGUGUUAUGCAAAAUUGCUUGGAAUAGUCUUGGAUUGUGUUUUAGAGUUGUUGUCAUUUAGGUGCAAGGGGUCUGCUGUGAAUCAUCAGUAAUGAAUCUGUGAGAUGGACUGUGGCAACAGAGCGUUGCUACUCAAACCCCUUGAUGUGGGCUGUUGGAGGAUGUGAAGGGCAAGUGUGUGGAGGAGUUGGAGGGGACUCAUUGUUCUGCUGGUAGAAGCCAGUGUUUUCAGGGUGUUGGGGUGCUGUGCCAUGGAUGUCCCCGUAGAAGCCCAAACUGGCCCAUUAUCCCCUUUCUCCUGCCUCAGAAGUCCCCCGUUGCCCAAUUCUACUGUCCUGUUGUGAUGCUUCCAUAUAGGCAAGUUGUCCAUGUGCUUCUAGGAGUCUGUGGCUUGUGGGAAGACAACUGGUAGUCAGAAUACAAGAGGUUGGGGGAUGCUUGGAUCUCCCCCACUUCCUCUGGAAUGCAUCCUCUCAAUACUAGGAUGUUGUGUUGGAGAUGGCACUUGAUGUCCAGUUGCGCAGCUUGGCUAUUACAUGGCUUUUAAAUUAAUCUGUUGUGUUAAAAUCUGUAGAUGAACAUGAAUGGGUUAAGAAAGCAAGUUGGAAAUGCUGGUUUUAAUGGUGUCAGACUUGCUUUACGCUUGUGCCUUCCCAUGGCUGAUGAAAAUCGUGUAGCUGUUGGAUUUUUGGUGCUGGGGGAAACCACUAGGGAGGCGCUGUUGAGCUGGAGGGGUUGUUGAGCUACGUGGGGCUUUCUUGGGAGCGGGUGCCGCUCUUGUCCCAAGCUUGAAGUGCAAGUGUUGGGUGGUGAAGGGAAGAGCUGUUGUCUGGGGAUAUUGCCCCUGAAUUGAAUAAAAGCUACCCCUUGGGUGGGGUGACCCCCAAGGUGGGUUGGUGCUGGCUGCAUGGCUGUUAGCUCCACUUCCAUUCUUUCAAAAUGGCUUGUAACAGCACCACUUCCUGUCCAGGGAGGAAGUAAUUUUAGCCCAGGCACUGAAAUAUUUAGCAAAUCUUUAAAACAAAAGGCACAAAUUCCAUUUCUUUCUGGUUUCAAAAGGGUGCCUGAGCCACAUGGGGUUAAGGUGCCCCUUCAGCUGGGGUAGUUGGAAGAAGCCAGGGCUGUGGGGGUAGCAGGCACCCUUUAGGUGGAGGCUAUCUCUUUUUUUGGUAGAAAUGAAGGGGUGGGUCUAUGGUACAUCACCUGAGUUGUGGGGUAAAUGUAGAGAGUGUCAAUCAAAGGCAGAGCUCAGAGCUGGGAAGGAGCUCUAGAUGGCGGCUGUGCCUUAGAGAGAGCGCGCUCAGCUCCGUGCCUUCCCCAACACUUUACGCAACUUUCCCUAACUUUCGGGCAGCCUCAGGGGGCCCCCACAGCCCCUCGCCUCUCCUAGGCACUGAUCGGGGGCUGAGCGGACCUUUUUCGGGCAGAAAAGCAGCUUUUGAGGGCUCCCUUUUCGUGCCUUGCUGGAAAGAAGAAGCCGUGGAGAGAGCCCAGGUCGUUGUUUUUCCAGCUUAGAAGCCAUGGCGUACCUCCAUUUUUGUGCGCUCUCCUAAUGAGCUUUUUGCCCCGGACAUUUUUGUACUAAUUAUCGCUUCUUUUGCUUUCUCUGCAGCAUAUUUUUUGGGAUUAGAAUAUAUAUUUUUUUUCAUUCUUUGAAAUUUGUAUUUUCUCAUUAUAACUCUAAAUAUUUUGGAUCUAAUGUUUUUCCACUACCCGAAACUAAUAUCGACUUGGUCCUGGCGGUGGUGCAUGGAUCAGUAAAUACCUGGGCACAGGACUUCAAAGCAGACAGACACCCCUGACCCCCUCUUAAUAUUAAAGAAUAAAAAGAUGAUGAGAAAUAAGGACAAAAGCCAAGGAGAGGAGGGUUCAGUCCACAGCAAUGCAUCGAGCCACUCGGCAUCUGAAGAAGCCUCUGGCUCUGACUCUGCAAGCCAGUCUGAAAGCGAGCAGGGCAGCGAGUCAAACAGCAGCUCGGAGUCCUCUGAAAGUCAGUCUGAAUCUGAAAGUGAAUCAAUGGAUUCGAAAUCCCAGCAGACCCCUCCUGAAACCAAAGAAAAACCGGCCUCUAAGAAGGAAAGGAUAGCAGAUGUUAAGAAGAUGUGGGAAGAAUAUCCUGAUGUUUAUGGGGUUAGGAGGUCAAACCGAAGCAGACAAGAACCAUCACGAUUUAAUAUUAAAGAUGAGGCAAGUAGUGAAUCUGAAAACGAGAGCCCAAAAAGAAGAGGCCAGAAGCAGAUGAAAAGAACAAACAAAUGGAAAAGAGUUAUCUCUGGUGAAGAAGAAGAUGAAGAUGGAGGGGAGCAAGGCAGCAGUGGAGAGAGUGAGCCUGAACAGAAGAAAAUUAAAGCAAGAAGACCUGCCCAAAGGAGAACAGUGACCAAAACCAGUGUUAAAAAGACUUACAAAGCCCAGCGUGGGAAGAAGAGGAAGAAACCAGACUCAUCUGAAGAUGAUGAUGACGACGAAGAUGAUGAGACCCCCAAGAGACAAACUCGACGAAGAGCAGCCAAAAAUGUCAGUUACAAAGAAGAUGACGAUUUUGAGACGGAUUCUGAUGACCUGAUAGAGAUGACCGUGGAAGGAGCUGAUGAGCAACAAGACAACUGUGAAACUAUUGAGAAAGUCUUGGACAUCAGGCUUGGAAAGAAAGGAGCCAUUGGUGCUUCCACCACAGUGUAUGCAACUGAAGCUAAUGGGAACCCAAGCGCUGACUUUGAUCCUGAAAAGGAGGAGGGAGAAGUUCAGUACCUGAUCAAGUGGAAAGGCUGGUCAUACAUCCAUAGCACGUGGGAGAGUGAUGAGUCCCUGCAACAGCAGAAAGUGAAGGGCCUGAAAAAGCUAGAGAACUUCAAGAAAAAAGAGGAGGAGAUCAAGCAAUGGCUGGGCAAGGUAUCCCCUGAAGAUGUGGAAUAUUUCAACUGCCAACAGGAGCUGGCUUCUGAGCUGAACAAACAGUAUCAGAUAGUGGAGAGAGUGAUAGCUGUGAAGACCAGCAAGACAACAACGGGGCAUUCAGAACUGCCAGCAAGCAGUCGCAAAACAUCCUCAAAUGACCCUGAAUACCUGUGUAAGUGGAUGGGGCUGCCCUAUGCUGAGUGCAGCUGGGAGGACGAGGCACUCAUCAGCAAGAAAUUCCAGCACUGCAUCGACAGCUUCAACAACCGUAACAACUCCAAAACCAUUCCCACCCGGGACUGCAAGGUAUUGAAGCAGAGACCGAGGUUCGUUGCCUUGAAGAAGCAGCCCUCUUACACUGGUGGUGAGAACCUGGAGCUGCGCGAUUACCAGCUCGAGGGCCUCAACUGGCUCGCUCACUCCUGGUGCAAGAACAACAGCGUGAUCCUGGCUGAUGAAAUGGGACUGGGCAAGACGAUUCAGACAAUAUCAUUCCUGUCGUACCUCUUCCAUCAGCACCAGCUCUAUGGCCCUUUCCUGUUGGUGGUGCCCUUGUCCACUCUCACUUCGUGGCAGAGAGAGUUUGAAGUGUGGGCGCCCGAGAUAAACGUGGUGGUUUACAUCGGAGACCUCAUGAGCAGGAACAUGAUACGUGAAUAUGAGUGGAUCCACUCUCAGUCUAAAAGGUUGAAAUUCAACGCACUUAUCACAACAUACGAGAUCCUUCUCAAGGAUAAGGCUGUUUUGGGAAGUAUUAACUGGGCCUUUCUAGGCGUGGAUGAAGCCCAUCGCUUGAAAAACGAUGACUCUCUGCUGUACAAAACACUGAUUGAUUUCAAGUCCAACCACAGGCUGCUGAUCACCGGCACCCCGCUUCAAAAUUCCCUCAAAGAACUCUGGUCCCUGCUGCAUUUCAUCAUGCCAGAGAAGUUUGAGUUCUGGGAGGAUUUUGAAGAGGACCAUGGGAAGGGUAGAGAGAAUGGCUACCAGAGCCUUCACAAGGUCCUGGAGCCCUUUCUGCUACGCAGAGUGAAGAAGGAUGUGGAGAAAUCUCUGCCAGCCAAAGUGGAGCAGAUCCUCCGGGUGGAAAUGUCUGCUUUGCAGAAACAGUAUUACAAGUGGAUCUUGACAAGAAACUACAAAGCGCUUUCAAAGGGAACGAGGGGGAGCACCUCUGGUUUCCUGAACAUUGUGAUGGAAUUGAAGAAGUGCUGCAACCAUUGCUACCUUAUCAAACCUCCUGAGGAAAACGAGAGAGAGAACGGCCUUGAGACCCUGCAGUCUCUGAUCAGGAGCAGCGGAAAGCUAAUUCUCUUGGACAAGCUGCUGACCAGGCUGCGGGAGAGAGGCAACAGAGUGCUCAUCUUCUCCCAGAUGGUGAGGAUGCUGGACAUCUUGGCAGAGUACCUGACUAUCAAACACUACCCUUUUCAGCGCUUGGACGGCUCCAUCAAAGGGGAGAUCCGAAAGCAGGCGCUGGAUCACUUCAACGCGGACGGCUCUGAGGACUUCUGUUUCUUGUUGUCAACACGAGCUGGAGGGCUGGGAAUUAACUUGGCCUCUGCUGAUACUGUUGUUAUCUUUGACUCGGACUGGAACCCCCAAAAUGAUCUCCAGGCUCAGGCUCGGGCUCACCGGAUUGGGCAGAAGAAGCAGGUGAAUAUUUACCGCCUGGUCACAAAGGGAACUGUAGAGGAGGAGAUCAUUGAGAGGGCCAAGAAGAAGAUGGUGCUGGAUCAUCUGGUGAUCCAGCGGAUGGACACCACUGGCCGGACUGUUCUGGACAACACCUCUGGGCAAUCCAACAGCUCAAACCCUUUCAACAAAGAGGAGCUGACAGCUAUUCUGAAAUUUGGAGCUGAAGAUCUCUUCAAGGAGCUUGAAGGGGAAGAAUCAGAGCCUCAGGAGAUGGACAUUGAUGAGAUUUUACGUCUGGCUGAAACACGAGAGAAUGAAGUGUCCACCAGUGCCACCGAUGAGCUCCUCUCCCAGUUCAAGGUGGCCAACUUUGCAACCAUGGAGGAGGAAGAGACAGAGCUGGAGGAGCGAUCCCAGAAGGACUGGGAUGAUAUCAUUCCAGAGGAGCAGAGGAAAAAGGUGGAGGAGGAAGAAAGGCAGAAAGAACUGGAGGAAAUCUAUAUGCUGCCUCGAAUCCGCAGCUCAACUAAAAAGGCUCAGACAAACGACAGUGAAUCCGAUGCAGAAACGAAGAGAAGGCUUCAGAGAUCAUCUGGAUCCGAAAGCGAGACUGAUGAUACUGAUGACGAGAAGAGACCAAAGCGCAGGGGGCGUCCUCGGAGUGUGAGGAAAGACACUGUGGAAGGAUUUACUGAUGCUGAGAUCAGGAGGUUUAUCAAGGCUUACAAGAAGUUUGGAUUGCCUCUUGAACGGCUGGAGUGUAUUGCCCGGGAUGCUGAGCUGGUGGAUAAGUCUGUGGCUGACCUGAAACGGUUAGGAGAACUCAUCCACAAUAGCUGUGUGUCAGCAAUGCAAGAAUAUGAGGAACAACUGAAAGAAAACCCAGGUGAAGGGAAAGGACCUGGGAAAAGAAGGGGUCCUACUAUCAAGAUCUCUGGUGUCCAAGUCAAUGUGAAAUCCAUCAUCCAGCAUGAAGAGGAGUUUGAAAUGCUGCAUAAAUCCAUUCCUACGGACCCAGAGGAAAGGAAGAAGUACCGCCUGACGUGCCGGGUCAAAGCUGCCCAUUUUGAUGUCGACUGGGGAGUGGAGGAGGAUUCUAGGUUGUUGGUGGGAAUUUACGAGCAUGGCUAUGGAAACUGGGAGCUGAUUAAAACAGAUCCGGAACUGAAGCUAUCUGAUAAGAUCCUACCUGUUGAGACAGAUAAGAAACCUCAGGGAAAACAGCUCCAGACCCGAGUUGAUUAUCUACUGAAACUGCUCAAGAAAGAUCUGGACAAGAAAGAAAACAUGAAAGAUGGGGAAGAGGGCAAGCUAAAGAAGAGGAAACCACGAGUAAAGAAAGAGAACAAGGCUCCCAAAGUCAAAGAUGAGCAUGGGAAUGAACUCCUCUCUCCUCGGCACUCAGACAACCAGUCAGAGGAAGGUGAAGUCAAGGAGGAUGGCUUGGAAAACUGCCCAGUGAAAAAGAAACAGAAGAAAAAAGAGAACAAAGAGAACAAGGAAAAACAGACAACCACCAAGAAGGAAAAGGAAAGCGAUAAAGAGAAAAAGAAGACAAAAGACAAGAAAGAGAAGCCUAAAGGUGGUGAAGCCAAAUCUGGAAAUAAAGGGAAGAGAUCGCAAGGUCCUGUCCACAUUACUGCAGGGAGUGAACCGAUUCCCAUCGGGGAAGAGGAAGAUGAUGAUCUGGACCAAGAAACAUUCAGCAUAUGCAAGGAAAGGAUGAGACCAGUGAAAAAAGCACUGAAGCAACUCGAUAAGCCCGAUAAGGGACUGACGGUGCAAGAACAGCUGGAGCACACCCGCAGCUGCCUCCUAAAAAUUGGGGACCGCAUCUCUGAGUGCCUUAAAGCCUACACUGACCAGGACCAUAUCAAGUUAUGGAGAAGGAACCUGUGGAUAUUUGUGUCAAAAUUCACAGAAUUUGAUGCCAGAAAACUGCACAAACUCUACAAGAUGGCUCAUAAGAAAAGAUCACAAGAAGAGGAGGAGCAGAAGAAGAAGGAGGACAUGUCCAGCAUGAAGAAGCCGUUCCGCCCAGAGCCUUCAGGCUCCAGCCGCGACUCUGUGAUGUCCCAGUCUCACGUGCCUCACAAUCCCCAUUCCCAGAAAAUCCACCUGCCCCCUUCCCAUGCCCAGCAGCAGAUGCACGGCCACCCGCGGGACAACUAUGGCCAUCCAAACAAGAGACAUUUCAGCAACACGGACCGAGGAGAAUGGCAGAGGGAUCGGAAGUUCAACUACGGUGGCAACAGCAACCAGAUGUGGGGCGGGGAGCGGCACCACCAGUACGAGCAGCACUGGUACAAGGACCACCACUACGGGGAUCGGCGGUCUCGGGGGGAGCCCCACCGCAGCUCUGGCAGCUACAGACCCAACAACCUCUCCCGCAAGAGGCCGUAUGAACAGUACAACAGUGACCGAGACCACCGAGGCCACCGGGAUUAUUACGACAGGCAUCACCACGAUUCCAAGCGUCGGCGAUCUGAUGAGUUCAGGCCUCAGAACUACCACCAGCAGGAUUUCAGACGGAUGUCUGACCACAGGCCACCCAUGGGAUACCAUGGCCAAGGACCUUCGGACCACUACCGGUCCUUCCACACAGACAAAUCGGGAGAUUACAAACAGCCUCUCCCUCCACCUCACGCUGGAGUGUCGGACCCUCGCUCACCCCCCUCUCAGAAAUCCCCCCUCGAUCCCAAGUCUCCUCUGGAUCACAGGUCACCUCUGGAUAGGUCAUUAGAACAGAAGACCAAUCCAGAUUAUAACUGGAACAUUCGGAAAACAUAAAGUGACUGAGAGGGAGAAAGCAGACAUCUGAAAUACUUGGUUUGAUGCAACAACGGCUGCUUUCUCCAAGACAACAACCAGAAACUUUGAACAUGCUGCUAUCAUCUUCCUGGGUCAGGGAGGAAAUUUGGGGGAUUAGGUAGAGGAAGAUUUUUUUUUCCCCUCGUUUUUUCCCUCAUUUUUCCCCUCAUUUUCCCCCUCUUUCUUUGUUCCGGUUCAGAUUCCCAUUUCCUUUCCUCUCUUUUGUGACUGAACGUUGAAACGAGCCUUGCUGCCUCAUUCCUUGUUUUGGUUUUGUUCUCCCCAGUCCAGUGGACCCAAGGGAAUCGUCCCCUGUCAGUGUUCAACUCUCACUUUCCUUUCCCCUCUUUCACUGUCGAACAUCGGAACCAGCCUUUGCUGCCUCAUUCAUGUUUGGUUUUGUUUUCCCCAGUCCGAUGGACCCAAGGGAUUUUUCCCCAGCCAGUGUUUUCCCAAACCAAGAAGGCAGAUCGAUGCUGCUUAAGGACUAUGCUUGUGUUACCUGACAGAUGCUGCUUUGGGAUUGGGGACAAACUGGCUGGGAUGGGCUUUGUGUGAAACCAGCAUAGGGCAGUGGGAGGGUAUAUUCAAGAAGGGACAGGAGAGUCCCUCAGCAGCCAAACUUGGUUGAACGAGGGACUUGGUGUCCCUGCAGAGUGACUCCAAAGGAGUUGGAGCCGUGCUGGUGACAAUCCAUAGCUUUCCUGGCCAUAUUAUCAUUUCCAUGUCCCUAUCCAUUUCAAGAAACUGGCUCUGCUUUGAUUGCUGUUGUGUCCCCUGCAACUAAAGAGGUGGGGGUGACCUGCCAUCUCCAGGGCUACAACUGGCAAAUCGUGACUCCAGGGGGCUUUGGGAUAUGGGGGGUGGGGGGGGGGAGACUUUCUUAGCAAAGACUUAGUUUACUUCUAACUAGUAGGAAGUAAAUCAGGGUGAGAACAGUAUUUCCCACUGGGCAGAGCUCAGGAAUUCAUAACAAAACUCCUCUUCUCUUCUGACAUGGGCAGCUGGGAUGGUCCAGGUGCUGCAAGGUCAAAAGAUGGCUCUGGGCAUCCUGAGGCUCCUCAUCUCCCUGCCACUGAAGCGCUCCAGGCUUUGGGCAAGGCAUUUCUCUGCACUUCUCCAAACAGCCAUCAGAAACCUCUGCUGCAACCGAAGGACGAGGGAUGGUGGAGCAGAGUUCAGUAGCAAGGCAGUGGGCUGAUCACUGUUCAGCAGUCAGCAGUAACUGCUGCACUGAAAGACCUUCUGGCUGUCUAAAUUGGGAAUGUGCCUGAGCACUUAGCACCUAAGUGAGCAGGGAGAGAACGAGGAAUUCAGGACUGGGGCCCUUAAAUAUCCUUGGAGCAAAUGUCUUAAGAGCCCAGCAUGGCAGAGAGGAGUCUGCAGCCCAGCUCCCUGCACUUAGAGCAAACACUCCUCCAAGUGUUGGAGCCUCAGUGUCUGGUGCAGGACCGUGUCCAGCCUGGAGGAGAUGGGUGUGAUGAGAGGGGCUGUGGUGGUGGUGAUGUUUCAGGUCCUAGGCCUUUGUAGAGUCACAUCCCUGGAGACCACAAAGCUCUCCCAGCAGCCGGGCUGCCCAGAGCAUGGUGCAUCAUCUCCUGGAGCUCAGUAUUAAAAGACCAGGCUGUUCCAGACUCCUCUUUUUGGUGGGGGACAGAAGCUCGGCCUCCUGUUAAGGUGCCAGUAUCUGACCCUAAUAAGCUGUGAUGUCCUUUCCCCCGAAGACUGAGGGGAGAUGGUGGUCAGGGCUGGCUUCCUGACUCCAGGCAGUGCCUCGGCAGGCACACACAAACCAACACUAAUACCCCCAUGUCCCAUUCCAUGCUGUGCAUCCCUUGAAACCUGCUGCUGUCGCUCCCUCCCGAGCCCGCUGGUUUAACGGGACACACGGGAAGCGGAUUGCUCCCCUUUUUGGUGUUUUUUAUUUUGCAACAUUUCCACCAUCUGCAGGGCAGCUUCGCUUGCUUUUAGGGGCACUGCGCUGCCCUGACACAGUAGUGUUACACUCGUGUUGAGCUGGGCAGGAGGAGCUGAAGGCUUCCCCAGUCCCCCUUUGGAGCUGUGGGGCGAGGGGAGGUGUUGAGAUAGCGGCGUUCCUCGCUAAGCUGUGACUGCAGGCGCUUGCUGUGGUAUUCAGCAAAGAGGUCCUUUCUUUUCAGAGGUAUUAGCUUUUCAUGUGAAAACGGAGGAAACCUCAGAGGAGCAAAGAGAGUGGCUCUUUUUGUUCACCAAGCGGUGCUAUCGUGAUGGAAAGCUCAUGCCAUACCCUUGUAGCAGAAGGCAGGACUGGCCAGACCAGUGUUACGGUUGGUGCAGGAAAACUUUGAACCCCAGCAAGAGGCAUUUUCUGUGUCCAGAUGUGGGGGUUUCUGCUUGUCCCAGGUUCGGGGGGUGAGGUUGGUUGGGGUUUUCUUGUUGUGCAACAGCAAAAGCUUUUCCCGUAUCCACCAAAGAGCUGUCCCCGCUGUCACCUUAGCCUGAUGCUGCAGUCUCACAGUGCUGUUCACUCCCUGUGGGUGGUUCUUUGCUGGGUUUGGCUUUAAUCACAGAAUUAGAGACUGGUUUGGGUUGGAAGGGACCUUAAAGCUCAUCUAGUUCCAACCCCUUGCCUUGGGACACCUUCCACUGGAGCAGGUUGCUCCAAGCCCCUGUGUCCAACCUGGCCUUGAACACUGCCAGGGAUGGGGCAGCCACAGCUUCUCUGGGCACCCUGUGCCAGUGAAGAUGGAGAACUAGAUUUGGGAGAAAGUCCUCUCUGAGCACACACACACACAUACAUGUGCAUUUGAUGUCCCCUCAGCACAGGGACCAUAACCAGGCGCAGUCACUUGGAUGUGAGUGGGAUGGAAGGGGACAGGUCCACAGCCAUAAACUUCACUGCGGUGUUUGUAUCAACAUCUGGUACAGCUUUUCUUUGUGAACCAGCUGCGAGAUUCCCUCUUGGCAGGAAAAAGUAGCAAUUUGCUGGGCUUUUGUUUUAUAAACCAAGAGUUUUUCAACCUGACCCCUUUGGAAAUGGUGUCAAGUUUGUGUCAUUCACACGAUGGAAGUCCUGCAGACCGAAACCUGCUGCAGGCACAGGCGAUGUGGUACCCAACAGGGGGGAUACUGCAACGCUCAAGUCCUUCUGUGAGCAGUUCAAAUGACCCCCACGAAAAUACUAUUGUGCUUUCACCCAUUUCCUCCCAACCCCUGCCUCCCCUCCUGGGAGAGAAGGACUCUUACUGUAAAAAAAACACAGACUUUGAAACUUGUUGACUAAAAACAGUAAUUAAUAUUAAUUUAUAUUUGUGGGAAAAAAAGAAAGAAAAACCCCCAUGCCACUGUCCUAGUGAUUUCUGAUGUAAAUAUGUUGUUUAUAUAGUAUGUAUUAAAUUUUCCUACAUUGUAAAACUGCUGUACUUUUGAUUCUUGUAUAUUAAAAAGUGUUACGGAGAUUUUCA